UUAGCUAUGGGUAAGAGUGGAACAAGGUCAUCAACUGAUCAAAGUGAAAAGAGUCAGAACAACGGGUCUGGUUCUGUAAAAAAGUUGGAUUCCGGUGUUGACCCUUCUGGUCCUGAUGGAAAUUCUGUUGAGGAUGAUAAUGUAGGGUCUCCGAAUGAACCAGCAUCAGAUCCACAAGAAAAUGAGCAUGUAUUUUCAUCUGUCAUUUGUGAUAAUGACUCGAUUUCCAUUACCAAUUCCAUAGAUACUGAGAGAAUAUUGUCUGUUUCUGAAAUUGGUGGUAUAAGUCUUUCGAUUAGUGCUGAUAGUGCAAGAAAUAACGUGUACAAUGUUGACAAUAGUGAUGCUGUUGUCGUUGGGAUCAUUAGAUUGAUUGGUGCUUUAAUUUCUAGUGGGCACCUAACAUUUGAUUCGGUUGCCCGUUCUGAUUUG